AUGGCUUACCGACCACCCCGUAUCACCCCAACCACCUUCGCCUAUUCUUCUUGCUCCUCUCCCCGAACCUCCAGUCGCUCACCACCCAUCACCAUCUUCUUCAUACCUGGAAACCCCGGCCUAAUCAGCUACUACCACACAUUCCUCUCUCUGCUUUCGUCAUAUUUAAGUCUGGGACCACAGUCAAGCGCACAAUUGCAGGAUAAAAGAGGAACCAAGUCCCCAGACGAGAACGCAGACAGGAAGACAACCGGUAUCGAAAACCUGAACGGCAAUGGGAAUACUACAUCUACUGCUAGUAGUAAUACUAGUGCCAGUUUUACCUCAAUAACACCUUUCCAGAUAUAUGGCCGCAAUCUCGGUGGGUUCGACACCGAUAAUAAUACCAUUGUUGAUGAAGGGAGCCAGGAGAUGUCCGGAGACAUCUCGAUAGGAGGAGAGUCGAAGGUAUCGGUAAAGCUAUACGGUCUCGAAGAGCAGAUUGGAUUUGUUCAGAAUGUGCUUGAGGAUUUUAUGAGCCGUGUUCCUCCCGGUAAUGUUGAUGGUGACUCGGAGGAUGCUUUUCUGAAGCCUCGAGUUAUUCUUAUGGGCCAUUCCGUUGGGUCGUAUAUUGCCAUGGAGGUUUUGAGGAGGCAUCGGGAGAAAGAUAAGGAGACGAAUGGAGUUUAUGUCGACCAAGCGACGGGCUUUGAUAUAAUCGGUGGGAUCAUGCUGUUUCCUACUAUCGUUGAUAUUGCGAAGUCGGCUUCUGGGAGGAAGUUGACGACGCUACUCUAUUUUAUCCCCCAGCUUGCGCUUGUUGCUAGUUUCUUUGCUAGACUUCUCACUCUUUUCCUUCCCGAUGCUGUUCUGCGCUUUUUGAUCGGUGCCGUAAUGAGAUCUCCACCUCCGGAGGCCAUCGAGACGACCCUGGCUUUCUUAAAAAGUAGAAAUGGUGUAAAGCAGGCUAUACACAUGGCAUCCUCUGAAAUGCAAAUCAUCACUUCGGAUAAAUGGACUGACGAUAUCUGGGGCGUCUCAACGGCUCGAGAACCCCUAAGUAAACUCUUCUUCUACUUUGGUUGCGGGGACCACUGGGUUGCGGAUCGUACGAGGGAUGAGAUCAUUGAGCUUCGCGGACGGACCGAGAAGAGAAAUGGGCCGGAGAUGUUUGUCUGUGAGGAUGGAUUGCCGCAUGCCUUCUGUUUGAGACAUAAUGAUAUUAUGGCUCGAAAGGUUGCGGGUAUGAUUGAGGAUAUAGCCGCGGCUGCUCAUCAGUGA